CUCGCAAGCUUUCCCUCCCCUGCUACCGCUUCCCUCUCACUCCCUAUUAUUCUCUCUUCCUCGUCCUCAUGUCCUCUUCCUCUUUUCCUCUUUUCACCCUGAUUUCAUGUUUCUCAUUCUCCCCCAUGACGACCCCCUUUUCCUGUCGGUAUUGAUGAAGAUUCGACAGAGAUUAAGAACAAUCAACACAAAGGUUGUUGGGUUCCUGCAUUUCCAGUCUGAUACGGAGGCAUCUAAGCGAGCUUGGAAAAUCGCUUGCUCCUUCUCCCCUGCGGUUGUUGAGGUCCCAAGAGGGGAGACGUUUGUGGUUGGCCCAAUCGACUUCCCUGGAGGUUGUUCAUCCAAAGUUUCUCUGUUGCUUAAAUCAGUCCACAUAAGUCUCACCAAUUCGGUUCACUUUCCGGCGUUUCCAAUAUACCAGCUAGUCUCGCAAGCCACCUUCAACUCAGCGGUAGUCACCCCACCCUCAAUCCAUAACAGCAGCAGGUGAGUGCAGAUUCAGACGAAGUCAGAGAAUGUCGACUGGAAGUGGCGGGAAGAACGCCGGCGAUGAAAUGAGGUGAGCCGACCGCAGCUGUCGCCUUUUCCUUCGUUUCUUUCUCUUUCACAAUCGAUGAU